UCACGUUGGAAAACGGAAUGGUGUAAUCACGCUAGAAGCUGGCGCUUCUGGGAAAGAGGGCAAUGAGUCGGUGGUUUUUUAGAGGCCUGACCGCUAUCCUGUAAAACGCUUUUGUAGCAUAUUUCACCAAUUUUUUUCUGAUGCCGCUAUAUUGACAGUGUGUACCUUUCUUUCAGAAUCUAUAGAGAAGAACAGCGAUGUCCGAUGGGAUCUUGGAAGGUUGCCGGGAGUGUACAGAUCGGUAGGCCGCCUUUUUCCAGCGACCCCUCUUACGCAGAAUGGGUGGGAUGCCAUUGCCUAGGAAACGUAAAUAUGGACGCUUAGCUGGGGAAGCUGAGAAGUGCUUACGUGGUGAGGGCAGCACUUUCUGGUUCCCUGUCAGGGCAUCAUUCCGGCCACAGGCAAUUGCAUCUUAGAUACGGACAUACGAAAUCUUUCAGGAGGAAGACAUUGGGAACUUGUUCUCAUUUAGGUGGCUACCAGUGGUUUGAUUGCAGCCAGGAGAGCCAGUGAUUUGGGCUCUGGAACGGGAGCUGAAUUGGUCCUAUACCUUCAGGAAUGGCUUCUCCAGAUUCAACCUGUAUUCAAGAUGGCUUAAGCUGAUGACAGUCUGAUCUCUGAAAAUUAAGUUCUUAGCUCUCUGAUUGUACCACAUUCUGCUGAGCCUCAUCACAGCUUAGAAGCAAGGUUGUGUCCUUUCUCCACAACUUUUGGCAAGUUGAUCAUUGAACAGAAAUCAAAAAGGUUUUCAUCUCUACCUUGCUCCAUGCCAUCAUUGCUUGGGUCAGCCACACGUGGACUGUAUUAUUGGACCUACCAGAGGACAUCCCAUCACCACCACCUGCUAGGAUUAGGCCUUGCAUCUCCAGAGCUGGGUUAGAACUGGACUGGCCUUGAGUAGGAGGUGAGAUAAAGAAAACCUGCACCAUUUCGAUCCAUCGCCUUGACAAAAUUUUUCAUUAAACCAAGUUUAAUGUGCAACGGUGAUAAUGUUUUAGUUUUAGGUCCUGAAAUAGGCAUCACUACCUGUCCACUAACAAAAGAAAAAUCGAUCAUGGAGAUUUAAUAGUGCUUUUCAUGGCCAGAAAGAAGCCUGAGACCUGCGUAAAAACCUGAUUGAUGCUUGGAGAAAGACUACCUCAUACCGAGGUUGGGGAAUUUGUCAACAAUGGGAUUUGCUGACCUGAUUUGUGGAGGUGGUCCAACUCCUGAACGCAGGAACCCAUGAAGAAGGAUCUUUGGAGAACUUUUACUUUCUAGGCCUGCCAUGGAUUUUACGGUCGAUGCCACCUUGUGGCCGAAAUUAUGAAGAACUGGGCAACUUGAUGCGCAUAGUAGAGUGUUUACCGACCGCAAAAUCCAGGGGAAUUGUCAGACGGAUAAUAGUAAAUAACAUUUGUUUGAUUGCAAUCGCACCUCUACAUACCGUCCUUCCCCUCGGCUGUCAAGCCCCAAACGCCUUUGGCUCUCCGAGGCUCUCUCGGUCAAGGUCAGUAAGGCGUUCACACACACUGUGACCGCCACUUCCUAGCCGAGAAAAAACGGACCCUGAAAAGUAAGGGCAGUGGAUCCAGGACAUCACCUCUCUUUCCGUUAGACCGAGAAAGCCGAAUUGACCCUAGGGCACAUUCUUAGCUGUAAAGAUAGGGCACCAACUUGAUUUUGUCUCUUAGUAUAGGUGCUUUAUUUUGGGGGGAGGAGUAGCACUGUAAAUAGAAGGGGUCCCUCCCUGGGCAGGAAGGGUUAACACGCUCCUCCUGGGGUGUACAGUUACCAAGUAUUGAGGAGAAGCGAGCCGAUUGUACUUUGAAGACACUUGAAUCGGCAAGAUCCUCCUAGUGCAGCCUGAGAACUCUCUGACUUAUCACUGAGGCAACCACGGCAGGCUUUUGACAAGUCUUGAUUCCAGUAGCAAAAGUCAAACUAUGUAUGUCUGCCAUGCCGAAAACGAAGUCCUGAUGCCCGAUGACUAAAACAAACUGCUAAGAAACUGAAUUGUCAGAGAAGGCUGACUGAUAAAGACACUGCAGCCCAGAGUGGCGUUCUAGGCUCUGAGUGAAGGGCUGGCUCUAUUAUAAAAAUCCUCCCAAUUUUAGUGGUCCUCUAACUUCCACUUAUAUCUUCAAACCAGAAAAAAAAAGUUUCCAAGAGAUAUGGGACUCUUACAGCUUUGAAUUGCUAAGACAUCCUACUUGUCUUUUUAAGCCCAGUCCAUAAUUAUACAACUCUCUAAGUUUCACAGCUUGUAUAUAUAUCUUCAAAGACUAAGUCAGUGUAGUGCAAAAUCAGACAGGUCCUUCCAAAGUAGAAAGGCUUGUGGUCCCAGCCCCGGACUCUGGAUCUCUCUUAGGAGGACCAGCCUACCUAACUAACAGUUCAUAAAGGCCCUUCAACAGAAGGUUCAUGACCUCUGGGUGAUGACCUUUCUUAUCCAAAGCAUCUCUUGAUAUUCAUUAAUAACGCAUGGAGGAACUUCAAUUUGUGCUCACCUGGAAAAAGCUCCCAUCCUUGACGUACUGAAGAUUUUCAGUCCCCACAGAUGACCUGGGGAAUGGUAACCACUUAACCAAGUAACAAGAGACUCCUUAUGCUGCGACGACUCUUCGCUGUCUCCGCUCCUGGAGAGCGCGGGAGCGAAGGCGCAUUGGCUACACUGGAUCCGGUACCCGGGCAGCUGGAAGACCUCGCGAGCGGCUGGGGGCGCUUCGAGGUACAGUCUCCUGGCUACGCCAUGGAUUUAGAACCAGAGGACUAUGAUAAUCGAACUCUCACAAGUGAGAACGGCACCGAGAUGGCCACGGCAUCCUAUGAUCCUGACUGGGGUGGUGGUGGUAAUAAGACCCAGAUAGAUGAUGUACAGGUCUUUGUGAUUGGGUUGUACUCAACCAUAAGUCUGCUUGGUUUUAUGGGAAACAUGCUUAUUCUCAUGGCUCUCAUGAAAAAAUGUAAACAAAAGACGAUUGUAAAUUUCUUCAUUGGAAAUUUGGCCUUCUCUGAUAUCUUGGUCGUGCUAUUUUGUUCACCCUUCACACUGUCUGCUCUCUUGCUAGAUCAGUGGGUGCUUGGUGAACUCAUGUGCCGUCUUAUGCCUUUUCUCCAAUGUACAUCGGUGCUGGUUUCCACUUUAAUCUUAAUCUCAAUUGCUAUUGUCAGGUACCAAAGGAUAAAAUAUCCCCUUUCCAAAAGUUUGACCAUCAGACAAGGCUGUUACUUGGUUGGCCUUUCUUGGGCCAUUGGCUUUGUUAUUUGUUCCCCUCUUCCCAUCUUCUACAGGCUUGUAGAACCCAAUGGGAAUAAUGGCACAAAUACUACGGCCCCUAAGUAUGUGUGUGUUGAGGCCUGGCCAAAGGAGUCGUAUAGAAUUGCCUUUUCUCUGUGUUUGCUGGUGGUUCAGUACAUACUGCCCUUGAUUUGUCUGAUUGUGAGUCAUACCAGUGUUUGCCGGAGCAUUACUUGCAAGAUGUCUACUAGGGAGAUGAAAAGGAGGCUUGAGGAAAAAGAGAAGAGAGAGAGGAAGGAGAAGAAGGAGAAGGAGAAAAAGGAGAAGAAGGAGAGGAAGGAGAGGGAGAAAAGAGAGAAGAAGGAGAGGAAGGGGAAGAAGGAUAUGGUUGAGACAAUGGAGAUGAAGGAUAUGAGAGAGACAAGAGAGAUGACGGGCCCGAGUGACAUGGAAGAUGACUACGAUGAUGACCUCGAUGACAUAGAAGACUUAGAAGGCACAAUGGACAUGAAGGACAUAAUGGAACUGAGAGAGCUGAAGAGGGAACUGAGAGAGAGGAGAGACAGAAGAGAGAGGAUGGGUAGGAGAGGGCGAAGGAAAAUGAGAGAAAUGAUGGAAGUGAGAGAACUAGAGAAGAUGGAUGACGUUGAAGAAGUGAUGGACCUGACUGGAAUGAUAGAAAUGAGAGAAAUUAGUACCCCAAGGAAUGUGAGGGAUAUGAGAGACAUGAAGAAUGUGGAGGAGAUAGAAGGCAUGAUAGAAAUGAGAGAGGUGAGAGAUGUGAGGGAUAUGAGGGAUGUGGAAGACAUAGAAGACACGAAUGACACAAUGGAAAUGAGAGACAUGCGGCACAUGAGAGGCAUGAGAGACAUGAGGGACCCGAGAGACAUGAGGGACCCAAGAGAGAUGAGAGACAUGAGAGAUAUGCGGGACCCGAGAGAGAUGAGGGACCCGAGAGAGAUGAGGGGCAGGCGGGGCAUGAGACACCCAAGGGAUGAAAUGAGAGACACAAAGGAAAGAAGAGGAAGGAGUUGGAAAAGGGGAAGGAGGGGAAAGAAGGGGAUGAGAGAAAUGGAAAUUGAGGAGAUCGAGGAGAUCGAGGAAUUGGGUUCAAUGUAUGGGAUGUUUGAGAUGGAGGAGAUGGAGCAGAUGAAUGAGCUGAGUGAUCCUAAUACUGGAGACGAUGAUUUGGAUGACAUGGAAGGCUAUGCAGCCAAGAACAGUGGACACCAUAUUCAGCUCCCCAAGUUCCAAAGAUGGAGCUACACAUUAAGCCGAAAACACCGCAAGAUGUACAACAAGAAGUCAUGCGUCGUACCUGUUUUGCGCCAUCCUCCUCCUCCUCCAGAGGUACCUCCCAAAGAGAUUGAAGAAGAAGAAGAAGAAGCAGCAGAACCUGAGAGGUGCAAGCUGACCAAUGCCAGUAAGAUCAUACCGGGGGUGCCCAUCUGUUUCGUGAUUAAACCUGAAGAAAAGCAGUUAGAAGAGCCAGAAAUGCUGACCAUAUCCCGCUCCAUCUCCAGGAUCAGAAAGAGAUCUCGCCGAGUCGUCUAUCGUUUAACCAUUCUGAUAAUUGUGUUUGCUGUCAGUUGGAUGCCUUUGCAUCUUUUCCAUGUUGUUACUGAUUUUAAUGCUGGCCUUCUGUCUAAUAGGCAUUUCCGAUUGGUGUACUGUAUUUGUCAUUUGCUUGGUAUGUUGUCUUGUUGCCUUAAUCCAGUGCUGUAUGGGUUUCUUAACAAUGGCAUAAAAGCAGAUUUGAUGGCUCUUUUGCGCUGCGUUUAGAAUCUGCUAUGUUUAGAAUCUGCCAUUCUAAAGGUUGAAAAAGAAAGAACAAACGCUUUGCUUCUCUAAAAUAUACAUAUAUAUAUUUAUGGCUGCUUUACAACAAAUAUAUUUUAUUGCAUGCAGAUUUAUUUAUGCAGGAGAAAAAGAUGCUCUGGAUAUGAAUUUAUUGGUGCCUAAUGAGUAAAGACCAUUUAUUGACCCGCUAUAUAAUAUGACCAUUUCAUGUAGAUAUCGUGCAGAAUCAUGAAUGUCAAUCAAACUGCAACUUCAUUGUAAAAUGUUGUCCUAUUGUGUAUCACUUCAUCUGUACCUUACAAGCAGCUGAAUAUAGUCAUCAUCCCAUGACUUGGAGAAGAAAGAAAACCUGCAAAAUAUUUAAUGGACAAAAUGAAUUUAUUAUUGUGAUGUUUAAAUAAGACUUCUUAUUUGUGUGUUUCUUGAUGUAACAGUUAAAGAUUGUGUGUGUGUUUGUGUCUUAUCUGUGGAAAUGCAGAAACUAUCCAACUUUUGCUAGUUGAAUCAUAGCCAAAGGAGAAGUCCUUGCUUUAAGAGAUGGUACAUUGUAUUGACUGUUUGGCAACAUUGUGGAAACACCUAAAAAGAAAGAAUGUUUUCCCUCCUAGAGCUAUGCUUUAAGAGACGGUACAUUGUAUUGAUAGUCAGGGGGCACUGUGGAAACUCCUAAAAGCAAAAACGUUUUUUCCCUAGAGUUAUGCUUUAAGCAUUGGUACAUGGUAUUGACAGGGGACACUGUGGAAACACCUAAAUGGAAAAACAAAUGUUUCCCCCCCUAGAGUUAUGUUUGUGUCAGAUGGUUAAUUUGAUCUUAUGUUCUAAAACAAUGAUGUUGUAACCUAAAGAUGGACUAAAACUCUUUGGCUAAACCUGUACAGAAAUAUUAUAUUAAAUGUUACUGCAAUGAA